UCGAUCCAACAGAGGUUGUCUCCCGCGCUGUCCCUCGCUGUGUCGUGACUCGCAAAGCCUUCCGAUCAUCGGUUUGGUUCUUCUCGAUCGCCGAUCUCCGUGCUUCGAUUCGAGGGCCAUCGUCGGUUCGUCGCUUUGCCGUUUCGUCAGCAUGGAUAUUAAGACAGCGAGGAGUACUGUGGGUCGGCCACAGAAAUCAGCUGCUCAUCAUAAUCAACUUCGAACAGCACCAGCAGGACACAACGUUUGUAGCUUCUGGUUAAAAGGGAGGUGCAACCGGAAUCCCUGCAAGUAUUUGCACGAUGCAUCUCUUGCUCCCAAUGUUUACCAUCGAGCUGCAAAGCAGUCAAGUGAUACGGGUGAGGAUUGCCCUGGGAAGGGCCCUGAAUCUAGUCCGGUGAAUUCAGCGAGUUCAACUUCUAGAGAAAGGGGUGAUUCGACCACAGAUAAAAACCCUCAAAAGCCCCGAGAAAAAGUAUGCCAUUACUGGAUAUCAGGCAACUGUGUGAAAGGCGAUGCAUGUCCUUCCUUGCAUUCAUGGUUUCAGGGUGUUGAUUUUGCCAUGUUGGCUAAGCUUAAGGGGCAUAAAAAGUGUGUUUCUGGAAUAGCACUUCCUCCUGGAUCUACUAAGCUUUACUCUGGAAGCAAAGAUGGAACAGCACGAAUUUGGGACUGUCACACUGGUCAAUGCGUUCAAGUGGUCAACCUUGGUGGCGAAGUUGGGUGUUUUGGUUAUGAAGGUCCUUGGGUGUUUGUUGGCAUGCCUAAUACUGUCAAGGCAUGGAAUACCCAUAAUGGUGCUAGCUAUGAUAUAAGUGGGGCAGUUGGACAGGUUUAUGCCAUGGAAGUUGGUAAAAAUAUGCUUUUUGCUGGAGUCCAGGAUGGUGCUAUCUUGGUGUGGAAAGGAUGUAGUGAGGCGGAUCCUUUUCAGAUGGCUGCGCCUCUCACGGGUCACAAUCGGGCUGUGGUAUCGUUAAUCGUUGGGCGCGGCCGGUUGUAUUCGGGCUCCAUUGACCGGACAAUAAGGGUGUGGGACUUGCACACUAUGGAGUGUGUUCAGGAACUUGUUGGACACACUGAUGUGGUGAUGUCACUUCUUUGCUGGGACCAGUACUUGAUAUCGGGUUCAUUGGAUCAGACGGUUAAGGUCUGGAUUGCCACUGAAGGAGGCAGCUUGGAAGUUGCCUAUACACAUCAUGUGGACCAUGGUAUUCUUGCAAUGUCAGGGAUGACUGACGCAGGUGGUAAGCCAGUCCUUCUCUGUGCAUGCAUCGACAACACUGUACACUUGUACGAGCUCCCAUCGUUCACUGAAAGGGGCAAGAUAUUCUCGAGACGAGAAGUUAGGACUCUUCAGACAGCUCCUGGGGGCCUAUUCUUCACAGGAGACGAUGCGGGGAUGCUGACCGUAUGGAACUGGUUGGAUUUUCCAAAGAGCCAAAAAGAGCAGCUUCCUCAUUCGAUGGAAUCAUGCUAAGUGGGAAGAAAGGAUCAAGGUAUCGACAUUGGAGUUCAAAUUUCGCAAGGAAGACAAUGUCAUCUAUGCCCUGAUGCUACUGGGAUGGCUGUAACUGAAUACCAUCUGCACCGCAAUCGCAGUUUUUUGGCUCUGUCGUUUUUGUAUAGACAUUAAUCUUUUGACGGCAUGGUCGGAUUUGUAUAUGAUUCUUUUAUCAGUAAUUGAUAUGCUAUUUGCUAUUCAACUUUGGGCAAAUCCAUUUACUUGGUAGACCACAGAAGCUGUGAAAAGG